UCCUUACUCAUAUUUUCAAAGGGAGAACAAUCUCAAGAACAAAACCACUUACUUGGUUUGUUCUCCCACACUGUACAAAAGUACAUUCAUUUAUAAUAAAUCUAUCAUUCAACAUGGGCAACUGUGCUGGAAACCCUAAAACCGAAGAAAGCGACGCUCCAGUGCCCGUCCCUGAGCCUGUCGUCGAAGAGGUUAAAGUUCAACAACAAGCUGUAGAGACCAUCACAGAGAUAACUCCUGAAGAUACCUCUGAUGACAAGUCUCUAGGCACAUUGCUCAAAGAGAAUGAAGAAAUGAAAGUAGAGGUUGAAGCAAAGGAAGAGAAAGCCCCUGAGGUGAAGGUUGAAGAGAAAGUUGAAACUGUGGAAGAGGCAAAGCCUAAAGCCAUUGAAGAGAAAACCGAAGCUAAGGUUGAGAUCUAAGAACGUGAAACCGUUGUUGGUUUAAACCAAACUGUUGCACUCAUUGGGCUAUCAAUGUGAUCCUUAAAAAAAUACAAAAUUAUUAUUAUGUUAUUCUUUUUCAGUUUAUUUAUUCAAAUGUAAUGGAAAUUGACUGAUUAUUAUUUAAAUUUUAUUUUUAAUUAUUGUUA